AUGAGUAAAUUGGAUGAUUUGCUGGCCAAGAAGAAAACCGUUGUGCCUGUGCUCGACCUGAGCCGCAGCAACAUACAGACGACGGAGGAGUUCAAGCGUCUCUUUGAGAAAGUGCCCGACUACAAGAUGCGGCCGAUCAAAGUGCGCGCUGAGGAGAUCAAAAUACGCGAUAAGGACUACUCCUUCAAGAUGCCCAAGAAGGAAAUGCGCAAGCUUUUAAAGGCGAGCGGAGAGCGCGAGACUGUCUACAGCUAUGCGGAUCCAGUGCCCAGCGAAAUGAAGGAUGUGGUGCUGAUGGAGCUGUGCGCUGUGCCCAUCGACUGGAAAAUGCUGACCACACUGCGACCCAAGUCCAAAAUGGAUGAGGAGUACUUCAGCCGCAUGGUGGAGAUGGGCAAGCUGGAGAUUAAGACCGAAGCGCGUGACAGACGCGAAUUUGCGCUAAACAAUUGCGUGAAGAAAAUUAAAAACAAAUCUGGGAUUGUGGAAACACGUGUAAUUACCUGCGACUCUUGCGGUGAAGAAAUGUGUUGGGGCAAAUUUUGCGGCGACUUUAACUACGAUUUGUAUGUGCGCGUUGAGGCCAAAGUGGUCAAGCCCAAGCCGCUGCCCAAUGUUACCAAUAAAGCAAAGCUAAAUGGACGCAAAAAAUCCACCAUAGGUGGCGCCAAAGUGAAGGUUAAGAAAGCAGCUAGCUCCAAAGCUAAUUAA